GGCGAAAAUACAGGAACCAGAACUCGUAGAACUAACACAGAGAAGAACUUCCCGCUGCCAGGAGAUGGGACGUUGGAGGCGGUGCGAAAUGAGAUUCUCGCGCGAAGUCCUUUGGACGCGUCAGUUCACUACGGACAGGCCAUUCCUUUCUACAUGCAAGCUUUUGCCAACGACAUGGACGCUAUAGAACGCAUGGCGUACGAGUUCUGCGAGGACAAGGUUGAGCAGGGAGUGCUGUACGUGGAGGCUCGCUACGUGCCGCACAGGAUGAUGUGCUAUAAACUUUCCCCGGGAAGGACCCACGUGGAGCUGUGCGAAAUCGUGUCGGCGGUGAACCGCGGCUUCCGGUCGGCCGAGCGGACGCUGGGCAUUGUCGUGCGCUCGAUCCUCGUCGUCAUCGUGGGCACGGGCAUCGCUGGCGACGUCAUCAGCUUGUGCCAGCA